AUGGGGCCCCUGAGCCGGGAGGCCUGGGCCCAGCGCCUGGGCGCCUUCCGGGCCAGUCCGGCCGCCUUUAUGGCAGCUCCUGAGGGUGAGGAUCUGGGGCGUGACCUGCUGAGCGACCUGAGGAGUGAGAAGCUGAGCGAACCGACCAAGGUUUCCAUGCUGGCCCUGAGCUUGGAGUACCCAGCCCAGUUGUGGCCGGAUGCCCCUGCAGCCGAGGCAGCUGCCACCUCCCUGUUGGAUACCCUGGUCCUUCUACCCCCACGGCCGUCAGCUCUGCGGAGGCCCCUGUUGCUGGCAGCAACCACAGUCCUGGUGACCGGAGGUGCGCUCGGCCCCGCCUCCGGGGCCUCCCUGCGGCUUCUGCCCCUGCUGCUGGGCUUGGCUUCAGGUGGCGAUUUGGGGCGAGGCUUUGGCCCCGCCUCUGAGCAGCGACCCCUGCAGGCCACUGCGUGCGAGUGCCUGCGGGAGCUGGAGAGCUGCCAGCCUGGGCUGCUGGGGGGCUGCCUGGGGCUUCUCCGUGGCCUGUUGGGACAAGAGGGCCCCGUGGCCCCUGUGCAGCCACUCAGCCUGCUGCUGGCGCUUGCCCUGCGGAACACCUUGGUGAUACAGGCGAGGGCCAGGGCCAGCCUGCAGGGCCUGCUCACAGUCAGGGCCUCUCCCCCUGGGGGUGGCCCCUGGAACUGGACACUGGCUCAAGCGGGCGAAGCCCACCUUCAGCCCCAAGCGCCCAGCUGGCCGGCCGCCGAGGAGGAGGGCGGCCUUUCCGCGCUAGAGCCCAGCCCCGACGAGGCCCGGGAGCUGCGGGCUGCGGUGGCCCAGCUUCUGGACACCUCGUACCUGCUCACACCUGUGGCCCAGGCCCAGCUUCUGUGGCUGCUGGGCUGGGCCCUGCGGGGUCUGCGGGGACAGCCUCCCGUGCUCUUCAAGCCGCAGCUGGUCCGGCUGCUGGGCACAGCUCCACUGACCCUGCUGCACGCGGUGCUGGCGCUGAAGGCGGCGUUCGGCGAGGCACUGUUCACAGCUCAGGACGAGGCCUUGCUGCUCCGCCGGCUCACCUUGGCCGCGCAGCACCCAGCCCUGCCCCUGCCCGCCCACCUCUUCUACCUGCACUGCCUCCUGAGCUUCCCGGAGAACUGCCCGCUGGGCCCCGCGGGCGAGGAGGCUGCCCCCCUGCUGCUAGAGCCGCAGCUCUGCCGUGGCCUCCUGCCCAACCUCCUUCUCGACCCGAUGGCCCUCCUGGCCCGCCUGCACCUGCUGUGCCUUCUCUGUGCCGAGGACGAGCAGGAGGAGAGAGGACAGGCUCAGAGCCCCUGCCGCUACCUGCAGGAGCUCCUGGCUGGCCUGCAGCAGCGGGCGGCCCUUCCGGGAGGCCCCCGGGCCUUGGCUACCCUCUGCUUCCAGGCUUCAUACCUCGUCGCCCGCUGCCUGGCCGGGCACCAUGCAGUGCUGACACCCCUGACCCACGGACUGGCCCAGCUCUACCGAGCCCGGCCUGUGCUGGCUCCCCAUUUUGUUGACCUCCUGGAUCGAGUGGCCCCUGAGCUGGGGGAGCCCCUGAGGGUGGUGCUGAGGCAAGAGGUGGUAUCCAGGCCAGGUGGGGGUGAGGCCCUUCGUUGGCACCUGCAGAUGCUGGCAAGGGUGGCAGACAGGGAUGCUCAGAGUGCCACCCUCGCUUUCCUGCGGGCGGCAGCUGUCCAUUGCUCCGACUGGGGCCUCCAGCAGGCCUUGCUGCGAGUCUGCCGGGCCCUGCUGCGGGCGGGUGUCAGGGGAGGCCUGGCAGACUUGCUGCAGGCGUUGGCCAGGCAGUUGGAGGACCCGGAUGGGCGGGACCACGCCCGCCUCUACUACAUCCUCCUGAGCCACCUGUCGGGGCCCAAGCUGGGGGUGGCCCUGGGCCCCUCCCUUGCUGCACCUGCACUGACCUCUUCCCUGGUGGCCGAGAACCAGGGCUUUGCCACGGCACUGAUGGUGCAGGAGGCCCCAGCCCCGAUUCGGCUGAGCGUGGGAACCCAGAGGGCUGAGGGCCCGGUGCCCGUGCUGCAGCUCCAGGUAGAGGUGCUGGAGCCAGUGUACUCUCUGGAGCUGCGCUUCCGAGUGGAAGGACACGUCUACGCGCCCCUGGGGGCUGUCCACGUGCCCUGCCUGUGCCCUGGCCGCCCGGCCCGCCCGCUGCUCCUGCCCCUGCGGCCGCGGCGCCCAGCCCCCGCACAGCUGGAUGUCCGUGCUCUUUACACCAGGUCCACGGGCCUCACCUGCCACACCCACCUGCCCCCGCUGCCUGUGAAGUUCGCCGACCUCUUCCUGCCUUUCCCGAAGCCCCCUGGGGGUGCCAGCUCAGGCUUCUUCGAGGAGCUGUGGGACUCCUGCCUGCCCAAGGGCACUGAGAGUCGCCUGUGGUGCCCUCUUGGGCCACACAGUCUGGAGGCCUUGGUGUCACGCCACCUGGAGCCCUUUGUAGUGGUGGCCCAGCCCCCCACCAGCUACCACAUAGCCAUCCGCCUGCCCCCGGACUCAGCACUGCUGCUGCGGCUGGAGGCGGCCCAGGCGGACGGCGUGCCCGUGGUCCUGCGGACGGAUGACUGGGCUGUGCUGCCCCUGGUGGGGGGCUACCUCCGAGGGCUGUCGGCUGCGGGCUGA